AAUCCUUUAUUUCUUGCUAAAUUUUAAGUGAAUUAGUAGUUAACCUUGGUUCUAAUUGUUGUACAAAAUGGAUAUGGAUUAUGAUUUCGCUACGCCGCCGCCGGAGGAGCGCAUAAUACGUGAACAUACCUUGACCGCCGAACAGGAACAGGAUCUAAAGGAAGCGUUUUCAUUGUUUGAUACAAACAACCAAGGAUACAUUCCAAUGAAGCAGUUAAAGGACAUAAUGCAUGCCGUUGCCCACAAUCCGCCGGAACACGAGUUGCAGGAAUAUUACAAUGAAUAUGAUCCCAACAAUUCGGAUGAAUUGUAUCUAAGCGACUUUUUGCAUCUUAUGUCGGUGCGUUACAAGGACAUGACGCCGGAGGAUGAAGUUAUAUUGGCAUUUAGAGUCUUUGACAGGGAUGACAAUGGAUAUAUACACGAAACUGAAUUCAGGAACAUUAUGUCGACAAUGGGAGAUGACAUGGAUGAGGAUGAUGUUGAUCAAAUCUUACUGGAUGCCAAUUCCAAUACUGAGGGCAACAUCAUCUAUAGAGACUUUGUGGCCAUGAUGAGUGAGCGAUAGAGCAGGCGACGAUAAAUUGACACUUUUAAAUUUUAAGUGUAGACUCGAAUAAAAAUUUCAUACUUCA